UAGAAGAGGGUUAAAUGCUUGUAGUGGAGGAGCUAAUAGACGUUCUCCUACUCCGGAUUGUCCAAGUUUUGAACAUUUGGAAAGGAAGCAAAAAAAGCCAAUAAUGGAAAGGAAAAGAAGGGCAAGAUUAAAUGCUUGUUUUGAAAGAUUAAAAGAAAUAUUACUAACUUCGGACUCGCAGCAAAGUAAAUUAGAAAAAGCGGAUGUUUUGGAAAAAACUGUAAUUUUUGUUGGACAUUUACAACAACAACUUAGAUCAGUACAACAAAAUUUAAAUCAAUUACUUGUUGGGACUGAAAAUGGACAUCAAUUCCAAAAAGGCGUUUCUAUUGCUAUUGCGGCUACUAAUGAAUUGUUGGCUGGAUUACAGGCAAAGAAUUUUUAA